UAGGUAAGUAUGUGCCCCUCGAGGGAAACGAGGUGAUGCAAAAUUUGCACAAAAUCUUAAAACUUUCGUCACAAAAAUCCACUAAAAUUCCAUAAAUACAACAACAUUUUUGGCACACUUUUUCUAACAAAAAAACGUCCUCAUUUUCCACGAGCAAAGUCAAUUCCGUCGUAGACUAUAAAUACAGAAUCGAGGCAACGAGGAAUCCAUGUCCAAUCACGAGAGAGUGACGAGCUAAUCUCUAUUUUCUCUCUCUUCAAGUAUAAGAAGAAAGAGAUCUGAUUUGUGAUCAAAUCACUCUCUUCUUCUUCUUCUCCUCAAUUUCAUCGAUCGUUUAAUUUCCCCAGAAAUCGACAUCAAUGGCGGAGGAAGCGGCGGUGGUGACGGCGGAGAAAAGUUGGGUGAGGAUAGUGACGGGGCAAACGCCGACGAAUAUAGCAGUGAUUAAGUACUGGGGAAAGCGAGAUGAAAACCUAAUUUUGCCGAUUAAUGAUAGUAUUAGUGUUACUCUUGAUCCUAAUCAUCUUUGUACUACCACUACUGUUGCGGUUUCUCCUGCAUUUGAUAAAGAUCGAAUGUGGCUCAAUGGCAAGGAAAUUUCCCUUGCUGGAGAUAGAUUCCAGAAUUGUUUGAGAGAAAUUCGUAAACGUGCUACCGAUGUUGAAGAGGAGGAGAAAGGUAUUAAAAUAGCAAAGAAAGACUGGGAAAACUUGCAUGUGCACAUUGCUUCAUACAAUAACUUCCCAACUGCUGCUGGGCUCGCUUCUUCAGCUGCUGGUUUGGCUUGUCUUGUUUUUUCUCUAGCAAGGCUCAUGAAUGUAAAGGAAGAUCAAGGACAGCUUUCUGCCAUAGCAAGGCAAGGCUCUGGUAGUGCCUGUCGCAGUUUAUACGGUGGUUUUGUCAAGUGGAUCAUGGGAAAAAGUGAAGACGGAAGCGAUAGUUUUGCUGUUCAAGUCACAGAUGAGAAGCACUGGGAUGAUCUUGUCAUUUUAAUCGCUGUGGUAAGCUCUCAGCAAAAAGAAACAAGCAGUACAUCUGGAAUGCGUGAGAGUGUCGAGACAAGCUUGCUUCUGAAGCACAGGGCACAGGAAAUAGUGCCGAAGCGCAUACUUCAAAUGGAAGAAGCCAUUAAAAAUAAAGAUUUUCCCUCCUUUGCUCGUCUUACUUGUGCUGAUAGCAACCAAUUUCAUGCUACCUGCCUGGACACGACCCCACCUAUCUUUUACAUGAAUGACACAUCCCAUAAGAUUAUUAGCAUUGUGGAGAAGUGGAAUCGUGCUGAAACAACUCCUCAGGUAGCAUACACUUUUGAUGCAGGGCCAAACGCUGUCCUAAUUGCACGUGACAGAAAGGCUGCUACUCAGCUUUUGCAACGGAUGCUUUAUUACUUCCCCCCUGGUGCUGAUGCUGAUCUUAAUAGUUUUGUUGUUGGUGAUAAAUCUAUUCUUCAAGAUGCCGGGAUUAAGGAAAUGAAAGACGUGGAAUCCCUACCAUUGCCUCCUGAAUAUAACUCCACCCAGAAGUAUGCUGGAGCCGUUAGUUAUUUUAUCUGUACAAGACCUGGACAAGGCCCUAUUGUGCUAUCGGAUGAAACUCAAGCUCUUCUUAAUCCAGAAACGGGACUGCCAAAGUGAAUGUUACAACAAAUAUAGUUUGUUGGUCUUCUAGGCUCUUGUAAUGUUAGGAUUAUUCAUUGAACAUGCCAUGAAUAUUUGUUUGAAGGAAAAUGUAAGCUCUGUUAAGUUGUUACCUCGCGUAAGCGACGUGCUGCUUUCUAUGGUUUAUCAAACUCAUGAUAAGUUUAGUGUAUGCUACAGUUUUCGAGAAUUUGGUGGCAUCGACUGAGUUUUAGGAUAUGAAAUUUGUGUCCUGAACUGAGUUUUGUAUGUUGAAUAAUGGCCAUGAGAUGUUGUGUUCUGAUUUCUGAA